AUCAAUACAGCAGACGAGUGAGGUCAUUACCUGGAAAAUUAGGCAGAACCAGACACACGCUAAAAACAAACAACAAAAAAAAUAUUUGAUUAAAUAAAAUAUCAACUUAGUUUUGUACCAACGUAACGUAUACCAGCAGUAGUUAAAAAUGAUGAACGGACAGAUGAACGGUUUUCAUAACUCCCUUAUUGACGAGGACUGCUUUUUGUUCACCUCAGAAUCGGUCGGAGAAGGACACCCCGACAAGAUCUGCGAUCAGAUCAGUGAUGCAGUCCUCGAUGCCCAUCUCAAACAGGACCCCGAUGCCAAAGUUGCCUGUGAGACCGUUGCCAAGACGGGGAUGAUCCUGUUGGCAGGUGAAGUGACAUCACAUGCCACAGUAGACUAUCAGAAAGUUGUGCGUGACACCAUCCGCCAAAUUGGAUAUGAUGACUCUUCCAAAGGUUUUGACUACAGGACCUGUAAUGUUCUUGUGGCCUUGGAGCAGCAGUCUCCUGACAUUGCCCAAGGUGUUCACAUUGACCGCAAUGAAGAGGAUAUUGGAGCUGGUGACCAGGGUUUGAUGUUUGGAUAUGCAACUGAUGAGACUGAGGAGUGCAUGCCUCUCACAGUUGUACUUGCCCACAAGCUGAAUGCUAAGAUGGCUGAACUGAGACGCAAUGGCACCCUUCCAUGGCUCCGGCCAGACUCAAAGACACAGGUUACCGUGCAGUACCGCCAGGACCGUGGCGCCAUGCUCCCAGUGCGAGUUCACACAAUUGUCAUCUCUGUUCAGCAUGAUGAGGAUAUCUGCCUAGAAGAAAUGAGGGAUGCUCUGAAGGAGAAAGUCAUCAAGUCCGUUGUUCCCUGCAUUUACUUAGAUGAUGACACCGUCUACCACCUGCAGCCCAGUGGGCGGUUUGUUAUUGGAGGUCCACAGGGUGAUGCUGGCCUCACUGGGCGGAAAAUCAUUGUGGACACCUAUGGAGGCUGGGGAGCCCAUGGAGGUGGAGCCUUCUCUGGGAAAGAUUACACAAAGGUGGAUCGUUCUGCUGCCUACGCUGCACGCUGGGUGGCCAAGUCUCUGGUGAAGGCUGAACUCUGCAGGAGAGUGCUGGUCCAGGUAUCCUAUGCCAUUGGAGUUGCCCAUCCCCUUUCCAUUUCUAUCUUCCACUAUGGGACCUCAAAAAAGAGUGAGAGGGAGCUGCUUGACAUUGUGAAGAAGAACUUUGACCUCCGUCCUGGAGUCAUUGUCAGGGAGCUGGAUCUGAAGAAGCCCUUCUAUCAGAGGACCGCAGCCUACGGCCACUUUGGCCGAGACUCCUUCCCAUGGGAGGUUCCCAAAAAACUUAAAUACUAAACCUGUUAAGCUUUUCCCCCCAGGCUUGUUGGUGUAUACUACAGAGAAGCCUCCAAGGUUCCAGGGGUGAAAAGCACUUCUCUUUCCCUCAUAAUGAUAUGACACAUGACUCCCUUUCUCACUCCUUCCUCCCUAUAUGUCUUGUUACUGUUUUCUGCUGGUUGCACUAUAGUGCUCAGUCCUAAGAGGCAUGCCUCAGAAACUUGAUGUUUUUAAAGAAUUAGUUGGGUUCCAAGAACUCAUGCUUCAUAGUACUUCACGUUCUCCCAUCUUGAGGACCCCUUGCUUCUUGUUGUGAUAGUAACUCGGUAGCUGCAUUUGGUGCUUUUUGGCAUUCCACCCUUAUUGGCAUCAGUCUUUGAUACAGCAUCAUUGCCAUAUCAUAUCUGACAAAAUGCAAUCCCUCAUGCUAAUGGUAAGAUGUUUGAGUACAUCAGUGAUAACAAUUCCCUUUUAAAUAGUCUGAUAACUGGAGGGUCCUCUGAUCUGGCACUAUUCUCUAAACCCCCCCACGUAACAUUCCUCCUCUGUCAUUCUGGUACAGUACUUGACCCAGUGUUCUUUAUUCUAUUUGUUUGCUUUAUUCCCUCAUUCGUGAAGGAUGCUAGAUUGGCAUAAUUAAAAUUUAAGGGUUGUUGCUAUCUUCACUAAAAUGCUAUGCAUUGCAGGCUAAGGGGCAAGCCAAAUUUUAAUUAUUCAGGCUCAAAUGAGCAUAAGGCCUCAGAUGCCCUACAGACCUUUGCUGAUUUCUGACGUAAUACAGAAAAGUCAGAAGCUGCUAUGUCACUGCUCUGGUCUGCAGAGGUAUUGGAUAUACUUGAUGGAAAAUUUGCUUGUUUAUGCAUUGAAGUUACAUUUUUAAACCAGCCAUUUUUUAAAUGUCGGUUUCCCUUGCUUCUUUUGUGGUUUUGAAGUGACCCAAGUCUUUUCUACUCCUUAAGCGUAUUGAUGGCAGGUGUAGCUACAGAGAAACCUGUUUCCCCAUCAAUAACUUAAAGGAGUGUGCUCUUCGCCAGUCUUAUUGACUAGGACUCACACCUCAACACUAUUUAUUUGUUCUCUGAAACUCUGCGUGGAUACAGAGAAGCUGAUGUUUCAGAAGGCAGCUUUAUUAGACUUGGUUAUGAAAUCUUGAAUUCCUUUUUGACUUUGGUCUGCCUCGAGGGCAUCACUGGCAACUGUAAAUGACUCUUACAACCUUUUUUAAUUUUUGAACUGCAGAUCUUAAUUAUUAUUUUUUAAGAUUGAUUAGUUUUGAAAUCCCAGUAAAAUGCCUUGUGCAGUUGUUUUGGCUUUCACCUAUCAUUAAUGUGAUGGCAACAUUUGGCUGGUGUGGUACAGAGAAACCAGCCUUGUUUACAUAGCCAUCCCAUUAGUGGGGUAGUUUCAAGUUUGGGUUUGUUCCCUUAUGUGACUCGGAAGUCAUCCCGUUGGCUACAGUAAGUGUAAGAGUGCCUUUUCUACUUCCUUUACACAUUUGCUUUUAUCCCUUCCCACAACAUACAUUGAACUUCAGAGGAUCAAGUAGCUCAGUGUAAUAUGCUUCAUGUCGAGACUGGGUUGUUUUCUGAUGCUCUGUAAUAAACUAUUCAACUGA